AUGCUAGAAGGCAUUCUGCACGCUUUUGGCCUUAGUCCUGUCUCCACAGAAAUCGGAGCUCCUUUUGUGGCUGCCAUCCUCCGUUCCUUCGCCAGUCAGGAGACGCCCUCGGUGGUCAUUCUGCAAGCUCUGAAUGAGGAGCUAACACAGGGUCCACCUUCUGAUCCCGCCGUCGCCGCCGGUCCGCAGCUUUCGGAACCCCGGACUUCUGAUGCGGAGGACGCCCCGAUGCUUAUUGAGCCACCUACUCUCAACCCUGCAAACCCAGCCCUACCCCGCGUCUCUGAUCAACCUACGGCUGAGCCAUCGCCUGCAGGACAAGUGCCUUCUCUCCCUCCAACUAUGAAGCUGCGCCUGGUACGCAAGGGCAAAAGGAUGGCCCCAGUCGUCGCAACUUCUCCUCCACCUCCUCGCCGUCAACGCGUAGUGAGCAUCUCUUCCCCCACCAGGUCCUCGGACACGAGCUCGACCCAAGAGACAAGCGGGGCCCGGGAGAAGGCCUCUGAUCUGGAGGUGGCAGACCCGCCAUCGGACCUGACCGCUCCGCUGCCAAUCCAGAGUAUAUUGCCUGCCCCACCUUCGUCCUCCAGCGAUCAACCCCUGGGCUGCUAA